GUGAUGCGAGCCAAGACCGCCGUGCUUCGGCCCGCAGAGCUUCGCCGGAGAAUCUUGAGCUCUGGACGGUAAUUAUUGCUAUCUUUAUUUAUCGCCGCAUUCUCAAGUUGACAGGUUUCAAUUCAACGCAACUGCGAGUUAACUAUUCCCCGGAUAAUACCGGAGAUUCUUUAUUCGUCAAUUGAAGUGAUUAGGGCCCAAGUCGAUGAGACCGCAGAUUCUCUUCCAUCCGCAACUGCGGAUGUCGUCUUUGCCCCGAUGGGUGCGACGAGAUCUCAACAGCCGUUUAUUCCUCCGCUUAAAGACGACUACAAGAGUCCCUCGAGCUCCUAAAGAGUCAGCACUUCCCACAAAGACAAGCAAUGCUAUUCCUGCAGCUCCGCGCCCUUCCCCUCCGACUCCGGCAACUCACGCAAAAACCACAGUUAGGCGAGGGCCACCAGAGAGGAUUUUGAUAUACCAUGGAGGAACGGGAAAGACAAUCUUCCUGGGAAUGCUCCGCAUCACCACGAUAUUCAUCUUCGGAGUCUCGUGCUUGGUCGUUGCUCCGGCCUUCUUUGCUUCGGAUUUCCCGUGGUAUAUUGCUCCAGCUGUUGUUAUUGGUGGAGCUCUUCCUCUACUCUUUGUGGCCUAUACCUCUGGGCCAUUCGUGAAUUAUAUCCAUCUUGCUCUGCCAGUCGCGGCUCGAAAGUCCAGGGAAACGGCUAUUGAAUACGCCAAAAAUCUUCCCCCAAGCGCGACGCUCUAUCUCAACACGAUGAAGUUCACCACCAUCCCUCGACAGACGGAGGUACGGCUUGCCGAUCUCGUUCCGGACAAGGAGCUACUACGACCGGUCAGCUUCAGAAAUCAGAACCCAGCGCCGCUUCGUUGGUGGCAGUUGAGUACUCUCCGCAAAUUUUACACGACGGAGAAGAGCAAACCUGCGAAGUCGACAUCGACUUUUUAUCCGGAGAUCUGGGAACAUGUGUACAACCAGAUUCAAAAGAAUGUACCAUCAAAGAAGAACUAAUAAUCAUGCAAUGUACGAAAUAUUGAUACCCUUAUCUGGUUUCAAAUCUUCAAGAAGGUUGUUCUAGUAAAUCUGCGUGCAGCUCUGCAGGCCUUAUGUGAAUGUACAGGAUCCGCUUUUCUCCCAGCCGCACUCUUCUGUGAGAUUCCGGAACUGGGAAGAUCCCUAGGGCUCUCAUUCACUGAC